AUUUGAAAGCAGGAUCAAAGAGCAUUAUAGAUAAAAUUCCUUGCUUACGGGCAUAUGUGCCGGGAUCGAACCCCGGACUUUUAAUGUAUAGCCAGGCGCCAUAGACCACUCGGCCACGGCACCCCCACUCACACCUCCAAUCAUACAUGUGGUACUUAUCAAAAUAAUACCGCCAUCUGUAGUCAACCAAGGGUUCAACCAAGGAGUUGUGUAUUAAUUUGACCUUCAACUUCUCUGUACACUACGCAUUGCAUUGGGGAAUCCCCGCUCCGAAAUUCGCAAUCCAUUGUAUCGUAACGCAUCUUUCGUAACACCAAGAGAGGCCUUCCCUUUGGUCGCCCUGAUUGGACCAGAUUGCCGCGCAGUAAGCGUCACAUUUUCAUAAUAAUCAUAAUGAUAUGUGAAUAGCUCUGAGGAUGACUGUAUAAUCAGCUAGUAUUGAUGUGGAACGAAAUUAAGAAAUAAGAACAACACAAAGGUGACUCUGGAAGAAUUCACCGAGCAAUUCGAAUAUUGGCAACGCUGCUAUUUAUCGUCAUUGGAUACUACCAUAAUAUUAUUCCAGCUUGGACCGAAUAUUACAUGAAAUGGAAUCUGCAGGUGUGGUGUGUAUGGUGUGUGUCGUGUUGGUCUUAUUAGUUUACUCGUCUGUGAUCUCAUAUCUCUACUUCAAAGAUAGCAAUCCAACCUUGCCAACUCUGAAGAACGCACCCGAAGUGAUAAGCGUUACGACCUCGUAUGUUUGGGUGUCAUGGCAUCUAAAUUACAAUGGUAACGGUCCAGUCUGUGGGUCAACUGUCUAUCUCCAAAACCCCUCAUCGACAUCGUGGACGAGUGUUGGUUUUGUUCCCGUGGAAGAAGAUGCAAACUUCUAUCAAUUCGUGAUUGACCGACUGGACGCAGGGACCAGCUAUGGUGUGAGUGUGCGUCUUCUCCAUUGCUCGGGGAAAGAAGGGACAGCAAGUCCCGAACUGUCCGCGUCGACACAGAAUUAUGUUUUGCCCAGCUUGCACCAAGACCCUAGCACAAUAGCAUCAGGAACAACCUAUGCAACUGUCCUAUGGCAAGAUGAAUACGUCGGUGAUGGACCUACGUGCGGCUAUGCUAUCGACAGGAGGGGUCUCGGGGAUGACGCCACGCCUUGGACGACUGCGGGUCUCGUGCCAUUGCAACCGGGUCCACAGUCUGUGGAACAGAGUGUCUUCAACCUAACUGGCUUAGAGCCGUCUAUGGGGUACCAGGUCUCAGUAAGACCUAUCUUGUGCGACGGUACAAGAAUUAUUCAACUCGGAGAAGGACCAUUAUUGUCUCUGAGGACUUCCACAAUUGAACCACCGACUUUGACGAUGGCCCCUGUUCUGACCAAUCUUUCAACGUCACACGCGGAGAUCGAGUGGACUAGCGACCACCACGGGGAUGGCCCUAUCUGUGGAUACGAUAUCAACCUCAAGAAGCACGUCGGCGAUAACAACGAACCGUGGCUUAGUGUCGGGUUCGUACCGGUUGGCAACGAGCUCGAGUUCUACAUCGGGCAACUUGAGGCGGAUACCGGUUAUCUAGUCGCUGUUUCGGUCAUCAAUUGCUUAUCGGGUGGGGAAGGUCCACGACGGCCUGCGUUAUCCUUCAGGACCAUCGCGCCUGUGACAGAGGCUAUCACAGUUACAUCUCAUACAAUUUCUCCAGCAGGUGCGUUGUGUUUUAUCUUGCUUAGCCUUUGA